AUGUCAUCAGUUAAGCGCAUCUUACUUGCUGCCGUUUCGAACAAUAAGCAACAUCAUCACAGUCGUGAGUUACAAGUCCAGUUGAAUUAUGAACCUGCAUCUUUGAAGGGCCGUGCUCGAACCGUGAAUUCCGGUUUAAAUGGAAUCUUAGAGAUCAGAGAGCAUGAUAUUCCAUAUCAGCUCAGGGUUUGCAUUGAUUUAGGUAAGCCCAUCAACGAAAAUAGUUU